UGUCACCUCGGAUGCACGACGAUCUGCCAUGGCCCCACGACGCUGUACGCGCUCUUGUUUGAGCCGCUGGUGACGGCCCAACGCUACCGACGACGCGCGGUUGACAUGAUGUGGCCGCUCCUACGCGCCUGUGUGAUGCACACUGUCUGGCUCGCCCGCAACGACCGCGUCUUCCGUCCCGAGGCGCCCGUCCUGACACCCGAAGCGGCCGCCGCCCGCGCCGCGUUUUUGACCAAGAUGCACCUUCACCACUUGAUGCUGAAUACCCAAGCGAUGUGCCUCUUUCAAAUGAUGCGCGCCCUGCGCCACGACGCCUGGCUUCGUGACAACCUCGUCCCGGCGUGCGCCAUCCACACGCCUCGCCUUCAACACGGCUAAGCCUCGUCGCUGAGGCCGUCUAGCACAACACGCUCUGAAUCGAAAGUCCACCCCCCAAAAACAGUUCAGUGUAAAUUAUAUCUAAAUAGACUCACUUCAACAACGA